GCCGCCGCCUCAGCCCAGGGCUCGCCAUGCUCCUGGCCUCGGCCGUGGUGGUCUGGGAAUGGCUGAACGAGCACGGCCGCUGGCGCCCCUACAGCCCGGCCGUGAGCCACCACAUCGAGGCGGUGGUCCGCGCCGGCCCCCGUGCUGGGGGCAGCGUGGUACUGGGUCAGGUGGACAGUCGUCUCGCGCCCUACAUCAUCGACCUGCAGUCCAUGAACCAGUUCCGCCAGGACACGGGGACCCUCCGGCCAGUUCGCCGCAAUUACUACGACCCGACUUCGGCCCCCGCGAAGGGCGUGGUAUGGGAGUGGGAGAAUGACAAUGGUUCCUGGACGCCGUACGACAUGGAGGUGGGCAUCACCAUCCAGCACGCCUAUGAGAAGCAGCAUCCCUGGAUCGACCUCACUUCCAUUGGCUUUAGUUACAUCAUUGACUUCAGCACCAUGGGCCAGAUCAACCGACAGACCCAGCGCCAACGCCGUGUCCGUCGACGUCUUGAUCUCAUCUACCCCAUGGUCACUGGUGCCUUGCCUAAGGCCCAGUCCUGGCCAGUCAGCCCUGUGUCGGCUGCCUCACCCCCUGCCCCACCCUGCUCCUGCCCACAGUGCGUCCUGGUGAUGAGUGUCAAGGCGGCCGUGGUCAACGGGAGCACUGGGCCCCUACAGGCCCCAACAGCCCGCAAGAACAUGCCUCCUUCUGGAGCGGUCAAGCUGCCCCCACCAGCAGGCCCUGGGGGCAAGCCACUGGACAGCACAGGCACCAUUCGAGGCCCGGUGAAGACUGCCCCAUCGCAGGCGAUUCGGCGACAAGCCUCUAGCACGCUGGCAGGGGCGACUGCAGGUUCUCCUGCCAGCCCCCCAGGAGCCAAUGGCAAGAACGGAAGGGUGGCCCUGGCCACCUUAAAUCGUACUAACCUGCAGCGACUGGCUAUCGCCCAGUCCCGGGUGCUGAUCGCCUCUGGGGUCCCCACCGUCCCAGUGAAGAACCUCAAUGGGUCCAGUCCUGUCAAUCCUGCUUUGGCAGGAAUCACUGGGAUCCUCAUGAGUGCAGCCGGGUUGCCUGUGUGCCUCACCAGGCCACCAAAGCUGGUCCUCCACCCACCUCCCGUCAGCAAGAGUGAAAUAAAAUCCAUCCCAGGUGUUUCCAACACGAGUCGCAAGACCACCAAAAAACAAGCCAAGAAAGGUAAAACCCCAGAAGAAGUGUUGAAGAAGUAUCUGCAGAAAGUCCGGCACCCGCCAGACGAGGACUGCACCAUCUGUAUGGAGCGCCUCACAGCCCCAUCAGGCUACAAGGGCCCACAGCCGACAGUCAAGCCUGAUCUGGUGGGAAAGCUGUCGAGAUGCGGCCACAUCUAUCACAUCUACUGCCUGGUUGCCAUGUACAACAAUGGCAACAAGGAUGGGAGUUUGCAGUGUCCAACCUGCAAGACCAUUUAUGGGGUGAAGACAGGUACCCAGCCUCCGGGGAAGAUGGAAUACCAUCUCAUCCCCCACUCUUUGCCUGGCCAUCCGGACUGCAAAACCAUCCGAAUCAUCUACAGCAUCCCCCCUGGAAUUCAGGGGCCAGAACACCCGAAUCCUGGGAAGAGUUUCAGCGCCCGUGGCUUCCCACGACACUGUUACCUUCCGGACAGCGAGAAAGGGAGAAAAGUUCUGAAGCUGCUACUUGUGGCCUGGGAUCGCCGCCUCAUCUUUGCCAUUGGUACCUCCAGCACCACGGGCGAGUCAGAUACCGUCAUCUGGAAUGAGGUCCACCACAAGACAGAGUUUGGCUCUAAUCUCACUGGCCAUGGCUACCCAGAUGCCAAUUACCUGGAUAAUGUGCUGGCUGAACUGGCUGCCCAGGGCAUUUCUGAGGAUAGCACUGCCCAGGAGAAGGACUGAGCUACAGGGGCUUUGGGGUGGAGGGGCCGUGGGGACCACAGGGCAGGAAUUGGGGAGAGUCAAGGUAGAAGUUGGUGCCAUGCCCUCCUGACUCCCUCAUCUCCUCUCCUGUCCUGUCUCCAUCCCUUAUCCCUCCCAGCCACAGGGAGGAGCCAGAUUGAAUAAGGUGAUGUCAUUCAUAAACCUCAUCUAUCACAAAGGGGACAUGGGAUGAGGGCCAUCCUCGGUCCAUUCCCAUGGAGUUUUCGGUGCUGGGUAGGCAAGAAACCCCACCCCCCUGCAUCCCCUUAAGUGGGGGCAUGGUCAGCACACUUAGGGUGUGGACAGUGCAUGGGCACUCCAUACCCUGGCCUUGUGAAGCCUGAGGUUCAGUGCCUCAGCUGGCUUCUUGCUGCUUCCACUCUGCUUUGAGAGCGGAGUAUCUGCUUUUCUCUCCUCCGCUGGAGGUGAGGAGCUCUCACUGUGCAAGGUUGGGGGGUAAAGGGGUGAACCGCUAAACUGCUGUGACAUCAGAAAUUGAUGCCUCGGUGUACAGCGAGGAAGUACUUCUUGCCAAGAGGGUCAGGGAGGCAAAGUCUUCUAGGAGCCCGCUCAGCUCUCAUGAUAGUCCUUGGCUUCCCUGGGCCCUCCCUCCUCCUCACACCUUUGACCGUCCAAAGAGGCAUCUGGUUCUCUUGUGCGGAUGGAUGGACUCUGGGAUUCCUCUCUGGGGUGGCAUCUUGUGAUGUUUCUAGCCCCUCUCUGAUCAGACCAGAGCCUGCAUCCCACUUAGCAUCUGAACUGUCCUCAGGGAGAGGAGCCCAUAGCCUUCUUCCCAACUCAUCCCAGACCAGCUCAAAGAUUCCAUGAGUUUCAUCAAGUCACUGUGAGUAGAGCUCAUUCUGGGCUCUGUGCCAUCUGUGUAUGUGCAUAUAUAUGUGUGUGUGUGCGGUGUGCGUGCGCACAACAGGACUGGGUUGGUGGAGAGUCCCAUCAUGUUCCCACACUGUUUUGCAAGAUGUUAAACCCCAGUUCUGAUGGGGACCAAACAGCCAGGCUGUGGUCCCCUGACUUCCCUCACCAUUUACCAUAGUAAAUUUGGACCCUGACAGAGAUAGAACUGUGCUUUGGGAGAUAUGUAAGAUGAGGCCCUUUCUAUAUCUCUUUCAAGGUUGGAUCUCCAUCCAGUCUUAUUUCUAUGAAAGCUUCAAUCUGUCUCCAUGCAAAUUUGCUAGUCAGAGCCCAGAGGUGGUGCUGGGUCCCUUAUCUCCCUCAUCUAUUACAGAUUGAUCUAGAGCAUGGAGGGAGCCUCUUUAGCUCAUUCCUAAUAGGGUAAGACCAUAUUAUGGUCCAGUCCAACCUACGUCAGGGUUGUGUUCCAAGACCCUUUCUAUCUUCUCCCCAACAGUCCUCUUGCCUUUGGCUCCCAUUAAGGAAAGUAUUGGGGGUCAGGGAGGAGAGAAGGGGGAUCAAGAAGGGAAACUCAAUUCCCCCUUUGAAAGUGGGUUCUUUGAACUAUGUGUUUGGGGGAAGUUCCUCUGGAUACUAAUUUGAAUUUAUAUACCUCAUAUUUUGGGGGUUUGACGUAUAUAUAUAUGCAUAUAUAUUUCAUAAUAUUAGGAAGGUUUUUGAUGCUAGAAAAAUUGAAACAUAAGAACCUUCAAAAAUGGUACUUAAGUUAGAACUGAAAGCCACGCUUUCCUGAGAGCUAGCUCCAGAGCUGCUUGGUGUUAAGCCUGCAGCAGUUUUGACGUUAGUGUGGCCAGUGGGUUCACCUGAGUGUCACCCAGUUUCUCAGGACACACUGGUGCUGAGCCUUUCCUCAUUUUUCAAAUGGCUGUAGGGAUCUUAAUUGGCUCCAGCAGAGGGAGCUCUGAUAGGAGGAAUUGUCCCUGCCAUCUUAGUUCUAGUCUUCCCCAUCAGUCGGCAGCCAUUUUAUCUCACCAGCAGACCAGAAGAUUGGUCCUGAGUUCACUGCACCAUGGGGCAGAUUCCUGCCUCAGUUGGGAAGGAAACAUCUGAACUCAAGGAAGAGACAUCCCUGCAGUGUUUAAUGUCAUGCCCCGUGCCCUUUGCUAGGCUACCACGUACCAGAGAAGAUUGGAGAGCCUCAUUGUAGGCCUAAUACCAUCUCCACCUUCAGUGCCCUGGUCAAGUAUCUGCUGAGAUUCUCACCCACAGGGAUGAGGAAAUAGACUGAGGAUCAGUGAGUAGAAACACACAACUGUGCAGUAGGAGAUGGGGAAGAAAAGAAGACAUGCUUUGACAACUGGCAGUGGGCAGUGGGGAGAGACUGAUUUCCUUGCACCAGGCAGAAGAAAGGUAUAUAUGGGGAAGUGGAUGGCCAAGAGCAGAAAGAAGAGACCCAGACUGUGUGUAAGGCAGGCAGCCUGACAGGGGCAAUACCACUUUGAUAGUAAGUCUUCAUACCUUCAAGUCUUUCCCUCUAGGAUGUUGACUGUCGCUGUGCCCUGUUUCUCUUCCUCUCUGAGGAUGCUCUUCUUGUGGGACUUUCUGGGCAGAAGGGAUCUUGAAUUUCCUUUCUAACACUGUGCCAGGCAAGACGGGGGGCCUUCGUCUUCCCUUUCUCUUGUGCCAACCUGGAAAGGCACAGUCUUGGGUUCAGCGAGAACCCUGCCAGCAGAGGCCCUGUGCAUCUAACAGUUUGACACAGGAUGUUUUCCCACCAGAAGCCCUGCUGUGUUCUUUGGCCUAUACAGGGAAUUCCAUGCCUUUCCUUUCAUCGUCUUAGCACCAGCAGCCUAGUUUCUCCCUUCCUGAGUCUCCAGGGACAACAGAUGGGAUUGAAUGUCUCCAAACCCUGACAGAUGCUCAUCCUUUAAAGGUAAAUUGUGUAUCUGUGGUCGUGUGUGCCUUUGUGUUUUCAUCUCCCUCCUUCCCCCUUUUGUAAAACUUGGACUUCUCUGUCGUUUCAUACUUGAUCAAAAGUACUCGUCCUGGUAUUGCACUGUUGUGCGCAUGAGAUGUUAGGGGAAGUCCUCGUGAGGUACAAGAAAGGGCCUGUCCCCUUUCCUUGUCUGUGGUUACUGGCACUUGAGUGGGGGGGGUUUCUGGGAAACGGCAGGUGAACGUCCUGUUGUCUGUAACUGGUGUGUUUUGAAGUCCUUGGUGUUGCUCUGUGAGAGGACAUCGCCACCUGGUGCUCAUGAGGUGUAUGUGCAGAACAAUAAAUGGCAAAUGAACAACCAUAAACUGUUGUUUAACCUGCUUUCUAUAGAUCAGGGCACCUAUCUGUGAGGCAUUUGGGAUACCUCCCUGAGUCUGUAAGGAACCACAAAACCUUCCGCUGGAGGGAGGGGAAAGUCCCUUUGCUCUAUUUUUUUUUUUCUACAUCUUUUCUAACCACACAUUUGGCCAAGGGACCUGGCUUGACUUCUUGUUCCUCUGAAGCAGCGGACCACAUGGCAGGGGAAAUAAGUAAGCGAACCUUUGGGGGAAAGACCCUCUUAAAAACCGCGAAUGUUAGCUUCCUAAAGUUCACUUUACCUGACCACAAUAUAGUGUAUGUGUCAAUAGUUUACAGGCUGUUGUUUUUCAAAUAAGUGUUUAGCA